UCAUGGUCGUCGUCGACGAGGAUUUAUCGUUGUGUGUGUGCAGUAUUCUGUGUGUUUGACGGGAUAGGUCAAAGAUUGUUAUUUUUCCGGUGCACUUGGCGCUUCCCCACCGACUUGAGAAUUUCCACUCUAAACGGAAAGCAUCCUAAAAGUUUGAAGACUAAUUAAAAAGUGAAUUAUCUAGUGAAGCGUUGUGAUGUAAUCAACCUCGAGGUUUCAGAUUAUCGGAAAAUAAAUUAGAAGAAAAGUGAAUUUGCGACUUGGGAAGCCCCAAAGAAGGUGAAAAGCUACGCCUUGAGACCUUGAUCAUCUUGAUUGCGGAACACUUGUUUUUAAGGAUAGAAACGUGAAAGUGAAAACCGUGACAUUGGAGCCAGGAGGUCGCCACCACCAACCCGUGACAACGACGCCGACAACGCAAACCAAGUGGGACGCAACGGAACCGCCGAGUCGUUGUUUGAGGAAAAGUUCCUCCGUUCGGCAGCAAAAACGUCGCCGGCCACGGAUCCCCCCUUUCGACACUAGCCACCGUAGCCAUAGCCGUUAUGGCCACUAAGGUGGACGGCACCGGAACAGGUGGUCCCCGGAACAAUGGCCACGAGAUGGCUCCGCUCAAUACGAGGGCCCGCGGUGAUGGGACGCACGGGGUGACCAUAAUGCUCUCGCCACCGGACCGGAGCUCGAUCGGAUCCCGGGAGGCAGCCGGACUGCCCGAUGGAGAUCCGGAACGGGCUGCCUGGUCCGGCAAGAUGCAAUUCUUUCUCAGUAUUAUCGGCUACUCGGUCGGGUUGGGAAAUAUCUGGCGGUUUCCGUACCUUUGUCAGCAGAAUGGAGGCGGUGCCUUUCUGAUUCCGUUCAUGAUUAUGCUGAUACUGGAGGGAAUCCCGCUGUUCCUGAUCGAGCUGGGGAUGGGCCAGCGGAUGCGUCUCGGUGCCCUCGGGGUGUGGAACACCAUCCAUCCCUGGCUGGGCGGAAUAGGAAUUUCGUCCUGCAUCGUGACCCUAUUCGUGGCCAUCUACUACAACGUGAUCAUCACCUGGUGCUUCUUCUACUUCUUCAACAGCUUUCGGGUUCCCCUUCCAUGGGCAAACUGCCCGCAGCUAAACGGGACCGAUGUGCCCGAAUGUGAACGCUCCUCCGAGACUGCCUACUUCUGGUACCGGACAACGCUGGAUGCCUCGCCCAGCAUCGAGGAGCCGGAAGGUUUCAAGUGGUGGAUCGUACUGUGUCUGCUGCUCUCCUGGACCGUUGUGUUCUUCAUCGUGAUGAAGGGCAUCCAGAGUUCCGGCAAGGUCGUCUACUUCACCUCGCUGUUCCCGUACAUCGUGCUGACGAUCUUCUUCAUCCGGGGUAUCACGUUGAAAGGUGCCGGAGCUGGACUGAUGCAUAUGUACACUCCCAAGCUGGAGAAACUGUUCGAGCCAACGGUUUGGCUCGACGCGGCCACCCAGGUGUUCUAUUCCUUUGGAUUGGCCUUCGGAUCGUUGAUAGCCUUCGGGAGCUACAACACACCGAAAAACAAUUGCGUCCGGGAUGUGAUUCUGGUGUCGGUUUGUAACGCCUUUACGGCCGUUUAUGCCAGCGUCGUUAUAUUUGCCAUUCUAGGGUAUAAGGCGACCGUCGGAGUUGACAGAUGUAUUUCUGUGAAUAAACACAUUCUUAUGAAGCACGGAGAAAUUACGAGCAUGGACAUUGACAACACCGAAUAUGAGCGAGUCAUGCAUGGACUGGACCCCGUGUUGACGGCUAAUUGGACCUUCGAGCACUGUAGUUUAGCGGAACAAUUGGAUAGCGCCGCCGAGGGAACUGGACUGGCGUUUAUCGUGUUCACCCAGGCCAUCGUGCAGCUGCCGGGUGCGCCCUUCUGGGCGGUGCUGUUCUUCACCAUGUUGCUGUCCCUGGGCCUGGGGUCCCAGAUUGGCAUCCUCGAGGGUAUGCUGUGUACGAUUUUCGACAUCGAUAUCUUCAAGCGGAUCAGCAAGCCGUAUGUGACGGGUGUGGUCUGCAUAUUCUGCUUCACGGUGGGUCUGAUAUUCACGACCGGCGCCGGCGAGUACUGGCUCAAGAUGUUCGACUCCUUCGCCGGAACGAUCGGUCUGGUGGUAGUUGCCCUGAUGGAAACCAUCGCUGUCAUCUACAUCUACGGACACAAAAAGUUCACUGAAGACAUCUACCAGAUGACCGGAAUCCGGCCUGGUGUCUACUGGCAGAUGACGUGGCGGUAUAUUGGUCCAGUCAUUAUGUUUGGCAUCCUGCUGUCCUCAGUGCUCAGCAUGAUCCUGAAGAGUCCCACUUACUCCGCUUGGAAUGGAGAAUUGGGCAUCACGGAAACCAAAUCCUACCCGGAUUGGGUUUUGGGCAUCGCCCUCGCCAUGAUCGUUGCUUCUGUGCUUCCGAUGCCGCUGGUGUUCCUGCUGCGGCGAUUCCAGAUCCUGAAGGUCGACCUGGACAUCCACCAGGGCUCGAUUCGGCGUAACGAGACGACGGCCUCGACCAAGGAGAUGAUUGACGAGGACGACGAUGAUGACGACGAUGACUUCAGUGGGCCCGCCCUGGGUGGACCGGUCAAUGUGCGCAGCGACAGCGACGAAGACGACGAGGACGAACCGCCCACGAUCGGCAAGAUGCUGUCGAAGCAGAGUAGCAACAACGCCCACAACACCGCACCCUCGCAUCAGAGUUUCCAGUUCAAAAACCAAACGCAUCUGACGCCGAACCCGCUGGCUGCCAGCCCGGCCCGGAAGAAACCCUUCAGCAUGGAGGUGAUGGACUUUUAGAUCCAGGGUUUUUGUUGUUUGUUUAUGUUUUUUUAAGUUUUCGGUUUUCCACCUCCUUACAACAACGUACUUACCUACCUAUACAUAUAGGGUAGAAUUGUUUUAGGCUACAAGCUCAGCUAAGUUCAAAACAAGAAAAUAUUUGUACAGAGAUUAUUACUGUUUUUCGAUCGAAACACCUCUACGCUUUAGUUGAUAACCGAGUAUUAGUUUACGAGUAUUUUACAUAGUUUUGUAAAUAGUUGUGAAGUGCUGAUUUAGUACAGUGUAGCUACCGAGUGAAUUAGAAAAAAAUACUGACAUAGGAAUUAAGAGACACAUGUACUGUUAAGGACAAAGCUCUGUGCCAGACUAAUUAUCAAGUGAAACCAAAAAAAAGUUAAGUUCUUUCAUGUCACCAAUUUAAUAUGAGAAAAUAUAAUGUAAACAUCCGGAAUGACAGGGAAUGAUUUCUAUCAAAUCGGAAUAAUAAAAAAUCUCGCCCACAGGACGACCCGCAGAUCUUCAUCGUUAUCAAUCGUCAGAAAUUAUUAUGAAACAAAAAAAAACAACAAAACCCUUAUACAUUAUACCGUACUAUUAUUAUUAUGAUUACAUAUUAAUCGAAGCUAAUUUUAACGAAAUGCUAAUACUUGAACAAACAAACAUAAGGAAACAACUUAAAAGAACCGAAAACAAUAAGCAACAAUUUGAUGAUAUUAUUCCUAGCAAAUGGGUGUAGUUUUUGGUACCUUCCGAGCUUUCAUACCGAAAGUAGUGUCGAGUUUUGCCAAUUUUUGUAUGGGUUUCCCGAUUGAUUGAUUGAUUGUUGGAUUGAUGAAGUUCAUACGAUUUCUUAAAAAAGCUACUCUCCAUGUGUUAUCAGUUGCGCACCUUUGACACACUUGAUUGUUUUCGUAAAUAAAUUUUCACUGAUUUUUUAACCAUUUUGACACCAAAGAUUUUUUUUAAAGUCAGUUUUCCAUAAAAAAAAGGAAUUUUAAACAGGAGUAAUUUUCCAACCGAUGAAUUUGCGUGUUUUUUUUUCACAUUUGGGUAAAUAUUUUUGAGCGUGUUGAAACGUCAAAAUUGAACAGUGUUACUAGCUUUUUUUUGCAGUUUUGAGACAAUUUUUUUUUCUAUUUUUCAAAUGACUGUUUAUCAGUCUAAAGCUCAUUGGAUUUAUUUUGAAUGGUGCGACACUGAUUUUUCUCACUUUUUCCUAAGUAUUACAUAAGUAAGGUGAUUUAAUUUUAAGUAGUCAAUAAGAGGACGAAAGCAAAAUAAAACAAAAAUAAACAAACAGCCAAUUUGACGUUUAAGUAUAGACAAAAUAUUAAUCAAGAAUGAUAUGAGAGAAGAGCAACAAAAUGAAGGAAAGUAUUUCAAAUUAGCUUAACCCCAGAAAGCAACUUAUGAACAAAAACACACAUACACACACCUUUGAAUCUAAUAAGAAGACGAAACAACAACAACAACAAAAUAAAGCAUAUAUCAUUAGCGGUUAAAAUAUUUGUUCAGUGGAAUUUACAAAAGAGCUAACGAAAUAUAAAAAAAAUACAAAUUCAAAAAUUCAGUUUAGCUUGACGAGAAAAACAAAAAUAAACGAAAACAUAACUUAAAAAAUUUAACGACCGGAAACUGCACAUAUGCACAACUUUUGAAGCAACAAUGACAUCCAAAAAAAAAAAAGGUAACAAGUCAAGUUGAGCGAAGAAAAAAACCAACCUGCAAAAUGUAGAUACUGUUCCUGUAACUAAGUUGUAACUUUUUUUUUCGUUUGUGUUUCCACUUAGAGUAGAGUAAGAAUAAAAAAAACCAUUGAAAAAAGUCAUUGAAAUAGAGAAGAAAAAUAAUAAAAAAUGGAUGGAAAAACAAUAAAAAUUGUGAUCAAUACUAUAUAUUUAAAAAGAAAAACAAAAAACAAAGAAAGCAAAACGAAAGUAGAAAAAAGGAAGAAAAAAACCAAUCCAAAAAAACGGUGUAGCGCGUAAGAUUAUAAUGUGUAAGCGUGUUUCAGAGGUGGGUGGAUCCUGGCAGUUAACUAAGGACUAGAAAGAAAAAUUACCACAAACAAUAGGCGAAAUUAAAUAAGCAAGCAAAUUGUAACUCAUCCCUGAAAAAAAAUUUAAAAAAAUGGACCCGUACCUUUGUGAAAAUAUUGAAAAAUUGCCAACACUGCUUCAAACAAAAAAUAGAUCAAAAACAUUCAAAUCAGGCCGACAACAAACCUACAAAUAAUUUCGAAAAAGUCGACACAAAGCUUUCGGUUAAUUGGUGUAAAGUUUAGAAAAUAAAAAAAAACAAAGCAAAAGCAUGUAAACAUUAGAAGAAAAAAAAUACACAAAAAAAAACCAACAUUGC